AUGGUGAAUCGACAGUGCGCAGACUCAGUGCCGAAGAGGUUAUGUUGUGCUCGCCUAGGAUCUGUAAACGGUAAUUGCUCUCAAGAAAAUGGCGGCGUUAUUAGUGGUUUUUAUAGCAGUAGCUCGUUUUUGUUCGGUCCCAGUGGAAUUAGUGAAUAUAGAUAUUGUGUUAAUAAAAAUAAAAAAUCACCGGACACGCUAUUGGAUAUAACGGCGAAAAUCGUGGCUGAAAAUAUACCAUUUCAGCGUAUUGAGGAGAGAUAUGAUCGGAUUCCCGAACCUGUUCAAAGAAGGGUCAUUUUUUGGUCCUUCCCAAGAGACGAAAGGGAUAUAUGCAUGUAUUCGUCUCUCUCCCGUGUUCCUCCAGUGCCCUCCACUGACCAUCAAAACCUUUCGUUCUAUAAAGGUCUUAAGUUGGUGGAGUCUGGUUGCGUUGAUAGCGUCCUUCAAGUCGGUGAGUUUAUGAUAUGA